CUUGACUUUGAUAACCGGUACUGCAAUGGAACAUAUUCAAUUUUAACCUAAGCCAAAUUAAAUAGGUACCGAUCGGUAAUCUACUCCCUUAUCCUUUUUACCGACAAAAACCAUACAAUCUAUUCAAACACGGACGUGACGUCAAUGUGUGUGAUCACCAACCAGCCAUAGUGAAAACAUCAGCACGUUUGCGGGUAUAUACUUUGUUGUAUAUUCCGUGUAACAGCUUUUAUUAAGUUGUUAAUAACAUAUGAAAUGGAAUCUCUCAGGGAGCAAGUGAUGAUUAAUCAGUUUGUUUUAGCAGCUGGGUGUGCGAGAGAUCAAGCAAAACAGCUCUUACAAGCCGCUCAUUGGCAAUUUGAGACGGCGCUUAGCAUUUUUUUUCAAGAAGCAACAGUGCCUAAUUGCCAUCAUACUCAGAACGGCCGGUUCAACUCAGUAAAUAUGAUAACUCCAGCAAAUACACCUGCCACACCACCUAACUUUCCUGAUACUCUCAUGGCUUUCUCAAAAAUGACAGCCAGUGAAAAAGUUACUGGAGCAUCUUCUGGUCCUUAUGCAUUCUCCACAUCACCACCUUUGAAUAAUAAUAGCAGUCUUCAACACCAGAAUGCUACAAUGGCUACAUCAGGUCAUCCACAUUCUCAAAGAUAAGGAAGAGGCUGAGAUAAUGGAAAUUGGCUAUCAAAUAAACUCCUUCCUGAGUGGAAUAUUCCUUCCUACGUAUAUUUGUCAAGUAAGCCCAGAGUGAAGGGGGGAACUUGCAUGUUGACAUUUGUGCAGUGACAAAUGGGGAGGGAAUUGUCCCUGUGAUUUGCUCUAUAAUUUUGAACAUCCUCAGUUUUCAUGCAAGAUGGACAAAGAGGAUGGAACAAAGUGGUAGAGUUUGAGUGAAGACAGACUUGUUUUUUUUUUUGUAUUCUAAGAAGCUGCCCUACUAUAUGUGCAUUUUGUGCAUAGAUUUAUUUUAACUGUGUACGAAUUUAUGCCCCUCAAUGUUUGUGAUAAUUUUUGUAAUUGUUGAACUCUUUACCUCAGUCCUUCUUUACAAAUUGGAAAUUUUGUGGGGCCUAGUCAGAUUUUCGUGCAAAAUGGAAUCAAUUUGGACAAAGAUUGACAAGACAGAUCUUUCUGGAAAGUAAUAGUUUGAAUGAAUUUUAUCUUUACAAAUAGAAGUAAGGAAAUUUUACCAUCUUUCCACUUCAUUCAGUUCUGCACAUAAAAUAUUAUGCACCGGAAUCUUAUAAGGAAAUAUGUUAUCUAUUUAUCGGAAAGUGACUUUUCUUUAGUUGGACCGUAUCACAUGUAAGUGCAAUCACUUAAUGCUCAUCUUUUGGAAUACUAAUGUUCGUAAGCUUAUUCAUAUGUAAAAGCUUCAAAAAUGUAUAUUUCUCCUGACUUUCUAUAUAUUUCAUGAAAAUUUAAACUAUUCUUCAUUUCUUAGUAGCACCAAAUAUUCAGUAUUUGUACUGAUGUCAAAAUUUUUAAAGACAGUAUAAUAAAUGUAGGCCUGAAAAACAUGAAAUCUGCAUGUUUCUUUUGAUGAAUAUGUUCAAAUAAACAGAUUUUGCUUAAUAAUUGACUUUUUAAAGAAAAGAAAAAAACUUUAAUCUCAUUGUUUGAUUGUA